GAAAAGGCGUUUCAUCCUAACACACAAUCACACUCACAAGAGACCCGUGUAUCACUGAUCGAUUCACGUCCAAAGCCUGUUAAAAGCUGCGGUUCUGCCUGUCGAAGGACUGUGGACACUGCACAGCAUGGAUUAAUUUUUGUUUCUCAGAAACUGAACGCAGACGAGCAAGAAAAACAACAACAAAAACUGGGUGCUACACAGAGUGAUGUCGACAGGCAAGCAGCAAGAUAGUGAGGCGGCAACGCCUCUGUACGUAUAUGAAUCCAAAGUCCACUGUGCCAAUAUGAUGUUGUGCCUGGAGGAUCAACGGCGGCAGGGCAUCUUGUGCGAUGUGACUCUACUUGUAGAGGGCAGGGAGCUACGAGCACACAGGGCUGUCCUUGCAGCUUGUAGCCACUACUUCCUGCAAACUCUGCUGAGACACAGCUGGUCACCUGGUGAUGCAGAACUCAUCAUUAGCUUGCCAGACAAGGUGACAGCCAAAGGUUUCGCCCCACUGCUUCAGUUUGCCUACACCGCCAAGCUGAUUUUAAGUCAGGAAAACAUCCAUGAAGUAAUUGUGUGUGCGGACGUCCUAGGUAUCCAUAAUUUGGAGGACUCUUGCUUCCGGUUCCUUCAAGCCCAGCUUAAGAAUGACAGCCAACCUAACCAUAAUGGCAAGGUGGAAUACGAUGAUCAUAUCACAACAGAGAAUCCAAUCUUUUCUGAGGAAAUAUCCUGUUAUGAUUCUGCAGACACAAGGCAGCAGGACAGUCAUGUUCUUGCUGACCUGCCGCAGUGUCCAAAAUAUAAGAAAUAUCAGGAUGCAAUUUGUGACAACAAGCACAAUGUAGAGAACCAUCAUAUUAGUAAUGACAUUAUUUUGCCUAACCAUAACUCGAUUAGCCCUCUGAGCUCACACUUCACCGACAGUAGCGCUGUUCUGCAAACAUGUCUUACACCCUCCAGGAUCAAAGAAGAACCCUGUUUAUUUGAGGAAGAAGGAGAUGAAAGGAAUGACAGCAACUCAGACUUGUGUACUGAGGAGGUAUUGGAGAUGGAGUUAGAGGUAGAAGGGGUUCCAGUAGAAGAUGUGCAAUCUUCCAGCCAAGUAUCAUACUCUUCCUGUUUGCAUUCCUACCUCCAGAGAGGUGGUCUCAGCAGCAUGCCAAGCACCACCAUUCAGCAGCUACUAAGCAACCAACUGUCUCUCAACCAUUACAAAGAACUGGUCAUACAGAGACCACAAACCAAGAGGGAAUCUCUGGAUGAAGUUGACCUCAACACUGGCAUUGCCAAUGUGAUACCAGCAGCACUUACUGGUAUAAGUAGAAACCUUGAAAAUUCGGUGUCUAAGCAUGAAGGGAAGCUGGACAGACGCAGUGUCAUUUUCUCUUCUGUGCCUAUCAAGCAACAUAUGCUGUCCCAUACAUAUGUUGAUGAGGCCAUCUCAACCUUGAUGCAGGGGGAAUCCCUUCCCUCUAGUCAGUCAUUCCUUAUUACCAGCUGCCCCGUUUCAACGAAAACAUCAGUGGACUCUCCUACUACUUCUAAAUCAUGCAACCAGAUUUCCAGCCCCCGUGCCUCAUACUCUUACCCAGAGGAUGCAACCAUUUGUAGCUCAUCUUCCACUUCGUCCCAGUUUGACUUUUCCUCAUCGUCACAGUCAGGCUCAAUUUCUGGACUUCCUCACUGCCUGGCUGGGAUGGUGGAGCACAGGAAUCCCCACAAUGAAGUAGUCCUCACUCAGGAUUGCACAAAGAUUAAAUCUGAAAAGACAUUUAGUGCUAGUGGUGGGAACUCCAGUGAUGAAUCAGGCUCUUUCUCAGAGGGAGACAGUGAAAGUGGCACCUCUCGAAUCUCUGGACCUGAGGUGAAGCUGCCUUUUCCUGUGGACCAGAUCACCAACUUGCCACGCAAUGACUUCCAGAUUCUCAUCAAGAUGCAUAAACUGACCUCAGAACAGCUGGAAUUCAUCCAUGACAUCCGCAGGCGCAGCAAAAAUCGCAUUGCUGCCCAGCGCUGUCGCAAGAGGAAGCUAGACUGCAUCCAGAACCUGGAGAGCGAGAUUCACAAACUGGUACGUGAGAAGGAGAAGCUGCUUAGCGAGCGAAACAGGCUGAAGGUUUGUAUGUCCGAGCUGUUGCAGAACCUCUCUUUCCUCUCCCAGCAAGUGUGUAGGGAGGUGCAAGGCAGCCAGCCAUCACCCAUCUUUGCCAACAUUGAUCUCACAUCCAACCCCUCAUCACCUUCAACUGAGGACGGGUCUGUCCAACCCACGUCACCUGUGACCCAACAAAGUGAGGUUGCUUGUACAUCUAAUUUGGAUGCCAAUCAGGAGGGGUUAGAGGAUAGGCAGCCCGCAGAGGAAAUGUUGCCUUUAAGGCAGGAGGAUCCUGAGCUUUCACUAGUGCUUGAAUCUACUGACAAAGUAUGUAGCCCCACUGUAACAGUGGAUUUCUGUCAGGAGAUGACUGUGAAAUGCACAACAGAAGAACACAACAGACAAGACUGUGCUUAGAGUUUGGGGCUAAAUGACACAAUCUGUGCAUACUUUGAUAUUUAAAGCAUUUGUUUCUUUUCUGUUUUUUUAAAUGAAUGAUACCAGUAUUGUCUUUCAAUAUUGUUCAACAGGUAUUUUUUGGACUGGUAUAAAAUAAAAGCACUGGCAGCUUUCUCUCUCUUUCUGUGUUCCAUUGGAUUCUCUUCCUCUCUCAUGCAUCAUGGGAGGCUACACUCAGGAAUUCUACAGAAUGUACAGUAAUAUGCUUGUUAACAUAAACC